AUGUCCUCUCCCCCACCAACAAGAGUGGUCGGCUGUCUGCUAGAUGUCUCACGCUCCAUGCGCCAGACUCUGGAGACCGGAAAAGGAGACAAACAAGCCGUUGAACGCCUCCAGGCUGUACUCUCUGCGGCCCUCAAGCUUGUUCGAGCCGAACAGCGACGAGAGACCAACACCCUGGUGUUUGUCGGGGUUUUUGGGCUGAACUGCUCUGCUGGCUGUCCCCCUGUCAUGGACCUGUGCGGUGCCACCGAAGCACUGUUGGCUUCCGACAAUGAUGACCAGCAUCUAUCUGGUCAUGAUCUGCUUAUUGAGCUAGCGAACGAGAACAAUCUCUCUCACGUUACUAAGUACAUUCGCACCAAGCUUACGGACCAAGAAGCGCUCAUUGUUCAUGCCCACUUGCGGCGACACCCGGAGCGUACGAAGGACUUUGUCGAUGCAAUUCCAGACGAAGAAGACCUGCAAUCAUACCGCAACGUCACUACUGGGGGGAUGAGUCUCGUAGGCGCUGCCGCCACCGGCGUAGUUCUUGGCCUCCCCGGAAUUAUUCUUGGCGGUAUCGCUGGAGGAUCCGCUGGGGCGCAGACAGCAGAGGCACUUGAGGACCACGCUGUCGACAAUUCGGAGGCUUUGCGACUCGCACGUCAAAUGUGCCACGAAUGGCUUCAUGAUUAUAUCGCAUUUGUGCCGCGAUCUGUCAAUCAAGUGGUCCAUCUCCUUGAGCGGCUCCAAAACCCCCCAAGCGAGACGCGAAACGGAGGCGAGGAGAAGGACGGGUUGCUACACAUCUUGCAGCGGUACCUAUAUGGCCGGACUCCAAUGAAGGAGGCCCUAGAAUCCUCUCUAGCAGCGUUCAGAGAACAUUCCCUCGUUUCGCAGGGUGGAUCUAUACAACAGCGAAUCCUCUUGCUGGUCUCUGAUGGAGCAUGGACUGACGAGAACCCGUUUUCAACUGCAUCCCAACUGCGCGAUCAAGCGGUCACUAUCGCCACAGUCUUCCUGACUUGUAAUGAGAGACUUCUGCACCGCACCCUUUUUGACAAAGCAGGCGUUAAUUGGCGCAGGGGUCAGCGGGCGCUCUUCGACAUGGCUUCGAGGAUCUCCUGCGCUACACAUCCAGUACCGGUUCUUGCCUCGAUAGGCUGGAAGGUACCUUCAUCUGGAGAGUGUGCGCUGUAUACAACUGUGUCUAGCAUGUCGGCACUUGAAGAAUUUUGCUCACUUUUGUCGUCUGCCCGAUUCGGUGCCGCCGACAUGUUGCUCGAUAUCAUCGGUCGCAUCGACCUUGACGCGUUCAUUGAUGAUGAACACAUAAAAACCCGCAGAACGCCAUCGGAUCAAGGGUCCAGUGAAAUGUGCUACGCACAUGCGAUUGCCGCAGUCACACACAUGGCACUUCUUCGCGUCGUCGACAUUAGGGGUUGGAUUUUGCACGAAGAUAACUUCCUCGUGAAGAAAGAGGGGUGGAACGUAAGACCAGUUCUUGAGGGCAUUCGCGCAAGGUACCGUCCGCUUCGUUUCCAGGAAGUAGAUGAAGACGGUGCCCGACAGGCUGUACUGCAUCGACGCCCUGUGCUGGCCGCAUUCUGGCUAUCUAAAAAUGGUUGGGAUUGUUUCAGCCGCCACUUUACGAAUAAGGCGACUUGUCAUUCAGUACUCACCCCUGGAAUAAUGGCACCGCAUCGGCGUGAAACCCCAGAUUCGGGAGGCCAUGCCGUCGUUUUAACCGGCUGUGCCCCUGGCUCUCUCACGUUCCUUAACUCCUGGGGUAGACAAUGGGGUAAUUAUGGUAGCUUCAGUAUUCAGAACUCCUCAGUUCUGGAAGUUGAUGGUCUAUGUAAGACUCGUAUGAGUUUUUACGACGUAUACUGGCUGGAGAGCGACCUGAAAGAUAGCGAGCGGGAAGCAUACGGCCUCAAGGUAGAUGAGAAGCUACGGUCCAACUCCUCGGAGUACCCCAGCAUCUUUGAGAUGGAUAUACGUUGUCCCUGCUGCCUGAAGGUAGCACCUAUCCGCGAGUUCAACGGAAGCAUUCGCCAAGCAAAAUGCCCGGGAUGCCAUGGACAUUUUCUCCCAGAGCCAGGAUACCUUGUGCAGGCGCUUUACGCGCAGGCGGGACUAGGUGAGGGGGGCUGA